UAGUCUAAGAAAAAAGUUUUACUUCACAGAGAAAAAAUGUAUCUCUUCAUAUAUUCUUGAGGAAUUGGUGAAGAAAUUCCAAUAGUCAUUGAGUGACAAGUUUAAUAUUGUGAAUAAGGACUUUUCUGAGUUGAAUUAAUAGGAGUGGAAAGUCGAAAAGAUUAGCGCUUAAGAAACAACAAUAAUGAGCCUCAAAUGAGCUAACUCCGUAGUUUAAUAAUAGAUCAUUUAUAAUCCGAGAUGAAGCUUGGCGUCACAAAGAGUUGGGCGUCACCAGCGUCCACCGUCGUGGUUGCGGCCGCCUUCGCGUUCAUCCUCCCAGUCGUCAGUGGCGAUGUGGAAUCAACCUUGGCUCGAUGUUGCGCCCUUGGUGCCAACUGGGCGCGUGACGACAAGACCUGCGCGGAGUUCCCGACGCCCGUGACAGGGGAGCCGUCGGAGCAUCAGUCCAUUUGCCUCACCGCUGCUGCCAUCUGCUGCCUCCGUCUCUACAGGGAAGAGCAAUGCGAGAAAGGCAAACAAGCUGCUCAGAAAGGACAUGACUGCCGAGUACCUGCGGCGCUUGGCGGCGAAUACUACAAGGACUGUUGCGAGGGCUGCAAGUUGGGCCUCGUGAGCGGGUCUAUGGCGCUGAGUUGUUCCUUCAGGUCCUUGCAGUUCGGGUUCCCGUGGGACGUCGCCUACACGCAAUGCUGCACACAGCUGCACCCACAGUUGCCUGUCCUGCCACGGGAACAACCUGAACGCGUGCACGACAAUACGCUGCUAUAUCCUGGAUCUUCGUCUCCUGUUGCUGAUUCAGACAACUUGUGCCUGUUGUUCCGCGACCAACUGUGCGCCCAUAUAUGCGUGCCAGCCGUCGGCUCCUACACGUGUCAGUGUCACCCGGGCUUCACGCUCUCAGUCGACAAGAAGACUUGUCUUCAGCAGGAACCGAUUGAUCGAUGCGCCGACAACGACGCGUGUGAACACAUCUGUCGCGACACCGGCAUCGCUAUCGUGUGUGCCUGCGACCCGGGCUAUAGGCUGGCUGAUGAUGAACGGUCCUGUGACGACCUGGACGAGUGCUCACUGGGGUUGCACAGCUGCACCCCGGGUGUUCAGGUUUGUUUCAACCAGGAAGGUUCAUACGCCUGCGUCAACCCAGACGGAAGCUUGACAGUUCCCUGGGUGACACCCAGCACGACUGGGCCGGUGUCCCGUGGACCUCUUGCCGUGGGUCUGGGCCAAGGCAACCACAUACUCAGCGCCACAGAUCCUCAAGACUACCUCUCCGGGUCUCCUGGUCGUUGCCCAACUGGGUACCGCUACAACACGCGCUCCAGGGUCUGCGAUGACGUGGACGAGUGCGUGACGGUGCCCGGGCUGUGCGGGCGGGGCGGUCUGUGCUCCAACACCAUCGGCUCCUACACCUGCACGCAGCUGCCCCCCGACACAUGUCCUCCGGGCUACCGUUUCGACAUGCCUCUACAGUCCUGCCGCGACAUCGAUGAGUGUUCAGAAGGGCUGGAUAACUGUAAGCGGUCCUCACACUUAUGCAUCAACAUACAAGGCAGCUUCGCUUGUCAGGAACUCAAAGACACGACCUCCUGCCCUGCGGGCUACAAGUACAACGACGUCAACAAAGCCUGCGAAGACGUGAACGAGUGUGCCGAAGCGUCGUUGGUGUGUCGAGAGGACGAGGUGUGUCGCAACACCAUUGGUGCAUAUGACUGCGAAAUAGAAUGCGACCAGGGCUUCCAGUACUCCAGUGGCCUCGAGACUUGCGUCGACAUGGACGAGUGCACGCAGGGCGGACACGACUGCGUGUCAGGCAGCCAGGUGUGUGUUAACGAGCCUGGGUCCUUCCGGUGCGAGGAUCUGCGUGAUGCGACACGUAUUGAUGACGACGCCUCUCUGCUGGCGCCGAGAGUUACCGGUGGGGUUAACGCAACCCCCGCGUCCAGGUCGGAGGUGCAGGAGUGUCCCGUGGGCUACGGCUUCGACUUGAGCUCUCGACAAUGUCUUGACAUCGAUGAGUGCGAGGGCGGCGUGCACGCAUGUAACGCGGACGCGGAGCGCUGCAUCAACACUCUCGGCAGCUUCAGGUGUAGCAAGAAACGCUGUCCUAUGGGGUACACCAAGGGGCUUAAUGGCGACUGUAUCGAUAUCGACGAAUGCGAGGAAAGGAACCACGCGCUCUGCCUGCCUGGCCAGAUUUGCGUUAAUACGCCGGGCUCGUUUGAGUGUCAGGUCGAGUGUCGAGACGGCUUCAGAUAUGAUCCAAGCCACCCACUGACGUGUGCCGACAUCGAUGAGUGCAGCAACAGCCCGUGUGCCCCAAACGAAACUUGCAUGAACACCGAAGGCUCGUUUAUAUGUCAUCCCGGCCACCGACACCGCCAUGAGGGAUCGCGACGUAAAGGCCAUCAUGGAUCUAACAGACGUGGUUCACAUAAUGAUAGAAACGGCGUGUCAAACAACACACGAACAUCCGACAGAACUGGGGCUUCGAUGCCUGUUUCGGUGGACAGAAUUGGCGCUUCUGAAGACCACAAGCAGACCCACGGCCCGGAACCUUGCUUACCGGGCUACGCAAGAGCUGAUGAUGCUUCCGAUUGUGAAGACGUGGACGAGUGCGAGACAAGCCCUUCCCCUUGUGGGGACGAGGAGGUGUGUAUGAACCAUCCUGGCGGUUACCGCUGUCGGUUGCCUCCAAGGAUUCGCUCCUGUCCUCCUGGCCACCGAUUCAUCGCCGCCGACGAUGCAUGUGUCGACAUCAAUGAGUGCGAGGAGCGUGCAGACGACUGUUCUGCGUCGUCACAGACGUGCAUCAACUCUGUGGGCUCCUACCGAUGCAUCGACCGCUCCCCGACCUGUUCAUUCGGUUACAGAUUUGACUCGGAGUCUCGCGAAUGUGUUGAUGUGAACGAGUGCACCCAAGCGCAGCCACCUUGCCGUCCCCUCCACAUUUGCAUCAACACCCGCGGCGGGUUCUCCUGUCGCAUGCGUGUGGGUGUCCCGGGCAAUCACUCAAACAACGAGGAUAGUCACAAAUUCAACCUCCAUAAAGAAAAUCGGGUUAAUUUCACAACAGUCGAUAAAUUCCCUGCAUCCCACGGAAUAAUUCAUCGAAGAAUUUUUCAGGAAUUCCCUUCGGCAAACUCAAGUCUUACAGUAAAUUCCGUAUUAGAUUAUAUGAAAAAAGAUUAUAUUGCCAAUGAUUCAUCGUCAUUUAACGCAGGUAAAUCAUCUAAUACGAAAAUGCCAAGUCCCCAGACGGAAGAAAUUCUUUUUUCGAAAAAAUCCCGAAAUUUGACAGAGGAAGGUAAUGGCCUAAAUUUGCAACCUGUAAUCCAUGCCCGAAAACUCAAUGAAAAAAGGAUUGAAAACUCAAACUCCGACAUGGCUUCCAAAAAUGACGACAACUCUUCGCACGAGAACAGCGUACUGUUCAGUGAUCAACGAGACCAGACCAGCCACCUCAGCACUCAUACUCUUCUUAAGAAAAUAAUACGGGAGAAAAUGUACCAUCACUCACACAUUAAAGAGGACGAACCAGUGAUAGAUGAUGUUCACCCUCGCAUGAACAUUCAGGAGGCCGAACGAGCUCAGAACAUUUCUUAUCCUCUGUACUCGACGAAAUACUUUCAUCGGCACUUAGUUGCUGGUGUAUCUGAAAAGGAGGGAGAUUUACCUGAGGUCGCCAAGCCCCCGACAGGCGCGCUAGUCUGCGCGCCAGGUUUUAGGCUGGAAAUGAGAACCGCCGUCUGUGUCGAUAUUGACGAAUGCAUAGAAGAGCGAGAUUUUUGUGACGUGAUCACGGAAGUCUGCACUAACUUGCCCGGCGGUUACCGAUGUGACCAGCAAAAAGGCGGCAUACCGUUUGCCCCUGAGGAUUCUUCCCCUGACCGCAAACUCGUAACAUUCUCAAAAAAUGAAUCCCUAAAUCCGAAUUCAAACCCGAAUUUAACGAUGAUUGACCAAACGGCUUUCAACAUUGACUUCUCUGACGACGCAUUAAAUUCUUCCCAUCGAGUUCCAAUUAAAAUCCCAUCAUUGAGGGUUCCUUCUGCCCUCCCCACUCGAUCUCCGCACCCUGACUUGAUUGAAGCCACCACUCUCGAACCCGCACAAAGCCCUUCGCUUUCAUAUACUAACCCUAUAUCCACCACACCACCACCGCUACCAUCAUCAUCAUCAUCACCCAGCACCGCAGGCACUAAUACUCCCUCCGCUUCGUGCCCUCCUGGCUUCCAUUUCGAUGUGACCAAUGACACGUGCCGAGAUGUGGAUGAGUGCGAAACGUCGCCAUGCAUGGCGGAAGAGAGAUGUCGUAACACGCUGGGCUCCUUCGAGUGUCGGUGUCGCGAAGGUUACAAGCUUGAUUCCAGCACAAGCCGAUGUAAAGACAUCAAUGAGUGUCAGCUCGGCACUUAUGAUUGUGAAGAAAGUCAGCGGUGUGACAACACGAUCGGAUCCUACACAUGUGUGCGGAUAUCGGGUUGUGGGACAGGAUACACUCUCAAUCACAACAAUGGACUUUGUGAAGACAACGACGAAUGCGAGUCUGGCAAGCAUGACUGCGUGCAGCUCGGGCCGCAAUGGCGGUGCGUGAACACCAAAGGAUCAUUUCGUUGCGAGAAGAAAGUGUGUCCAGAACUUCAGUUCCUAGAUCCCUUCGGCGAGUGUGUCAACGUCACUUGCCCUGAAGGCUACAAACCUCAUUCUAAGUCCUGUAUUGAUAUCGACGAAUGCGCUGAAGCAGGACUCUCGAACUGCCGUGCCAACGAAAACUGCGUCAACCUCCUAGGCUCGUACAUCUGCCAGCCCAAGAUGUUGUGCGGCCGAGGUUUCGCAUUGGACGAAACUGGCACCAAUUGUGUCGACAUUGACGAGUGUGCCAGUGGUGACCACGAGUGUACCGGAGGACAAGAGUGCCAUAACCGUCGUGGUUCCUACACGUGCCAGUGUCCCACAGGCUUCAGGCUCAACAGAGCGCGCCAGUGCCAAGACAUCGAUGAAUGCUCCACCUACUACGGCGCGGCAUGUUCGAGCAACGCUGUGUGUGAGAACACGCCGGGCAGCUUCCUCUGUCACUGCAAUGACGGCUUCGAAAAAACCGACGGCGGCAGAAACUGUAUCGACAUUGACGAGUGCGCGCGAGAAGUGAACAUUUGUCACCACCGCUGCAUCAACGUCAGAGGAGGCUACCAGUGCAUCUGCAAUGCUGGCUACAACAUCGCGGCAGACAACAGGAGUUGCGUCGAUGUAGACGAGUGCGAGGAGACGCGGCUGAGAGGCAAGGGCCGCCUGUGUGUGGGUGUGUGCGACAACACGCCGGGCUCCUUCCAGUGCACUUGCCCGCCUGGCUACUCCCUCCAGCCUGACCUGCGUACCUGUAAAGACAACAACGAGUGUGAGCGGGAGGGCGUGUGCCGCGGUCCCAGCGAACAAUGCAUCAACACGCGCGGCAGCUUCAGGUGUAUGGAGAUUGCCUGUCCCUCAGGAUACGUCCGUGACACUACCCAUAAAAGCCGGUGCAAAAAACGCUCCCUGUACUGCCGGCAAGACGACAUCUUGUGCCACCGACAGCCGCUGAGUUACUCGUACAACUUCCUGCCGCUGGUGAGCAACAUGUCGCUGCCCACCACCGGUCAGGUCGACCUGUUCACUAUGCGAGGGCCUCUGUGGGCCACGUCCACGGUGCGCUUUGCUCUUGAGCUGGAGUCUGUCAGGUCUCCUACAGGCAUCCAGCCUGCCGUGCGGGACUCCUUCACACUAAGAAGGACGUCCAUCAACCAGGCCGUAAUAUCUCUGCAACAACAGCUCGAGGGGCCCCAAGAAAUUCAGCUGGCGCUCAGCAUGAAGCUGUAUCACGGUAGCGAGUAUAGCGGGUCCGCGGUGGCCAAGCUCCUAAUACUUAUAUCCGAGUACGACUUUUAAAAUGCCGUGUAAAUCCAAAUGAUCCAACAGACUAGUCUGUUACAAACUUUUCUGUAGGUAGUUAGAGAUUUUCUGUCUUGCUGUGUAUAGUAGAUUGUGUAAGAUAAACCAUACACUUUCGAUAUUAUCUAUUUAAUCUACGCAACUUUGGGCAUUUAUAAUUACUAGUUUAUGCGUUCAAGUUCAAUGGGCCCUUAUUGAGCUUAAUUCCAUCAAAAGGUAACAAAAUUGAACACUUCCACUUCGCUGGAAAAAAUAAAAGCAAGUAAUUUACAUUUUUUAAUACUGUUCAUAAAUUAAUUCGGAAUAAAGCCGGAAAUGAGAUUCGUAAUAGAAUCGAUUCAGUUUAUUAAUAAGGAAAUACAGUGCCCUUAAAUGCUAUCUUUUUGAAUAUAUUCUAACCAGCC